GUCAACAAGAGACAAACCUCACUUAAAACUGUUAAAAGAUCCUAGACAUGUUUACGCUGCAGAGAUAAACUGUAUGUUAAUUGCCGUCCAUGAAUGACAGACUGCUCAAGCUGGAAUGCUAAGGAAAUUGGAAUAUUCGGCCAGCUAGAUGAUGUUGACGCUGGAAAUCGCUGAUACAGGUGAACAGAACAUGAAUGAGAUUCAGGUGGCCAGAUGUAACACACAGGGUUCUCGCAUUCUUCGGUGGCGUCUGAAGACGAUUGGCUGAGAGUUAGAAAAGAGGCGGGGCUUUCACAAUCUGAGUCAUCUAGGCUUUCUGUUGCUACCGUGUAUUGGUAAGUCAGGAAAGAUCUUUCAUUGAGAAAAGAGCAGAUUAUUUCAUUCCCACGCCGUCCCUAUCAUUUAAACUUAACGGUCAAAGAAUACCGAGACUUGGCAGUUUUCAAUAUAUUUACAAAUAUUUACGAGAGGGAUUGAAGAUUGAUUUCAUUGAAAUGGAUUACACGCUGAUAGUGUUAUGUUUGUGUAGUGCGGUAGUACUGGCCGAGAAUGACCAAACGGCAUGUACGGCCAACGAAUAUUUCAACAGUGAAACAGACGAAUGUAUCCCUUGCACUCUUUGCAAAGCUUCUAACACCAUCAUUCGCGUCCCAUGUUCAGCCAGGGCCGACACCAAGUGUGGACCUUUCUUAGAAUUCGACAGAUUUCACCAAGCGCCCAUCAUCAACCUGCUGCCUGCGGUUAAUGAGACAAACAAGGUGCUGGUGACAGGACCUAUCUCCGGGGGGUCUUUCGAGUCCACGAAGCCCCAACAGGGCAGCGUCCCGGUGGAGAGGGUGACUGACGAGCGUUGGUACACAUUGGCCAUGGCGCUUGUCGGGGUCCUGUCUGUGAUUUCCGUCAUCAUCAUCGUCUACAUCACCAUUUACUGCUUCGUCUGUCGGAAACAUCGAGAAGAGAAAGAACUUAUCUAUUAUCCGGAACUUUGUGCCUCUGCUCCUGAAACACCAAGAGUGUUAACACCCCGGAUGACAUCACGUGAUCGAUUAAAGAAACACAUGAUAACGUCAUAUACAGAAGAAAAUGCCGAAAAUUAUGGAACAACAUCUAACAGGGUUGUGGUCUUGACGGCCAAUAGCUUUGAGCCAUUCCUUGCACCAUGCGAAGUGACGACAGACAGCGACGAAAAUAGUGGACAAACCGUGUCUUCAUCUUCCACGAAUUAUGUGUAUUUCAAAGCGCCACCGUGCGGUGAUGUGUGACACUUCCCAAUGUAAUGCUGAGAAUUACAAGGAAACUUACCAUAGGAAACUUGCAAUACAAUGACUAUUCUAAACUUUCUCAUUCGCGAACACAUUCCAGAUCAGGGUGUGCUUAUAAUACCGUCCAAAAUACUGACAGUGUCAGUUUUGUAUAUACAUGUAUCUAUAUUGAUAUUAUUUGUGCUUGUGAUGCCAUUGUUAAUAGGAUGCGGUGGACAACGCUUUUGACCAGCUAAUCGUCAUGUGGUUGAUACAUUACGCAUAAUUUACAAUUCAAAACAGCUGGUUUUUAACAAUGUUUAAUUUUACCCAGUUCACACAUCCGAAAAUCAUUUAUCACACAAUUCAGUGACUGUGUUGAAUAUGUCGCGUAAAGGUGUGGUAGAAGGACCCUUCAUUUGAAUUUAGACCGGACUGAAGUGACGGACCCUAAUCUGUUUCCUGCUUGAUUGUGAUUCCCGCUGACUCGAUGGACAAUGCUGGUCAGGUCCCUCGGCCCGAGUGACCCCUUGACCUCGGAAUCGAUGUCCAUUUAUCCCUGCAACUCGUAAUGACUCAGGAAAGGUAAACACCCUGUAAAUUCCUUUUAAUCCCUUUAAAGUUGACGGAUUUGAGUCAAAAAUGACUUUUAUAGAUUAAGAAUGGACAUGGAAGAUUUGACCGCUUUCUUUGAAUUGUCAGAUUAAUCUCUUGAGGUCGCGAAAAGUCAUUGGAAAUCCAUUGCAAACGAUUGAUAGCAGUGAAUGUAAUUCGAAAUUUCCCACAUUAACUUCAUGACACGUCCUUGUAAAGCAAUAAAUGUAGGUAUCAUUGAAAUUGUUUUCUUUUUCAGAUGCCAUUACAGAAUAUUUGGUACACAUCACUGUGAGAGGGUUGGUAUGUCCAGACGAGUUUUGGAUUCUUGAAGUGAAACACGUGCUCUAUUUUCACGUUUUUGUUUAUUUUAUUUUUUCAUUUCCCACGACUUGUAAAUGUGUUCAAUAAUUAUACAUAUGAUAUGUAAAUUUUGCUCUAGUGCUUUGGUUUUUUUAAAAACUAGUAUUUCAAUGUAAUGAUUUUUGCACUGCAAGAUACAGGUUAUUACAUUGUAAGAUACGGUGCUGGUGGACAAAGCCUCUAGCUUUUUCCUGUGUUCAGUGUUCAGUUUCUUGUACAUAAUUUGAGAUGUUUUGAAAUAUGUGAAUGAUUUUAAUCUAAACCUACAACCAUCUUGCCACUAUGCUUUAAAAUUGUAGUGUUUUUUUGUAAUGAUCAUUCAAUCGGCUGUGAUACGAUCCUUGUGUACUAAUAUUUAUGUAUAUAUUUAUUUUUCUAAAAGCUAACCAAAUGACGAUUAUGAAAGCAUUCAUGCCUUGCUUUAUUUCAACCAGCAUGCUAAGCUGUUAUUAAAUAAAAUAAUGCGAACAAAA